CAAUAAUUCGUCUCCGGGGUUACGGACAGUAUAUAUCACGGGCUUCUAUCCAUGGCAUUUGCCUGUGGUUGCCAGCAACCGACAGUCGAAUAUGGAUGAAAUAAAUCUCCGACUUGUGCUCGUCCUCUACGUCUGCCGACAUAUUGCCAUAUCGAGAAGGGCCGAAAUUCCAGCUGGAUAUAGUGUCAAGAUGAAAUCAGGGAGGAGAAUAUAGCUGUAUGCAGGCCUAUUAAAGGAAGCUUGGCCUGCCCCAGUGCCCAGUCGAUGUGCGUGUGCGACUUCACUUCGAGUCAAAGCCAAAGCCGAAUCAGAUUCUUGAACAGCAAGCCCACUCUUCACAAUGAGGCUCGAUAUCGCUGCCUUGUUUGUCGCUACGGCGCAGGCGCACAGCAUUUUCCAGAGAGUCUCUGUCAAUGGCGUUGAUCAAGGACUUCUCGUUGGCCUCCGUGCCCCGAGCAACGACAAUCCGGUCACGAACGUGAACGACCCAAACAUGGCCUGCGGCCAACCCGGUACGCACUCCAACGUUGUGAUCAACGUCAAGGCCGGCGACAGGAUUGGCGCCGACUGGGGUCACGUCAUCGGAGGAGCGCAGUACGCCAACGACAAGGCCCAAUACAUCGAUCCAUCCCACAAGGGCCCAAUCAUGUAUUACAUGGCCAAGGUCGACAACGCCGCCACCACUGGCACCUCGGGCCUGAAGUGGUUCAAGAUCUACGAGGAGUCGUUCGACGCCGCCAGCGCGACAUGGGCCGUCGACACCAUGAUCAAGAACGGGGGGUGGUCGUACGCCAAUAUCCCCACUUGUCUCGCGCCGGGCCAGUACUUGCUGAGGGUGGAGCUGCUUGCCCUGCACUCGGCGUACGACAACAUGGGCGCCCAGUUCUACCAGUCUUGCGCCCAGAUCAACUUGUCUAGCGAAGGGACCGUGGUACCGACGAACACCGUGUCAAUCCCUGGCCUGUACCAGCAGAACGAUCCCAGCAUCUUGAUCCAGAUCUGGGUCAACGGCAAGGACGACAACGGCCACAGGCCAUACAAGGCUCCGGGUCCGGCCCCGAUGACCUGCUAGGCGUGUGGGUGUCGCUCACACUACUCUCGUCAACAUGAACACUCUCUCCUUGAACUUUCUUGUACGGUAAUUACAGAAUGUAUUAAGAGCUAUGCUCUUCUAGCUACAAUGGAGUGGAGGAAAUUCAGGGAUAUUUAUUCUGAUGAACGCGUAAGCAAGCGCUGUCCCUAAGCUGUUCCGUAAGCUGUCGUCAACGGAGGGACUUGCCGAAUCUUAUCCCCUUCGGGUUCCCCUUCCCCUUCUACAUCUACCUCGACCAAACUCGCAUCCGUGAGGCGCCGCUCGAUCUAAUUAUCGCAACGCGCCGAUAAUCAUCACGAGUGUCCCUAUGUCACCAA